GGUCAAAACACUGAUAUCUUAUUUCAUCAGAUAUCGUAAAAGGUAGACGAAAGAAUUAUUUUGUAAAUCUAAUUCUAAUUUACAUUCUGCAGAGUUUUUAUAACUCGAUAUAUUGCAUGUACGCGUGUGAGGUAGCUCAAAUAUAAUGGAUUCACAAAAUACAAGCAUAAAUGCUUGGGGUAAUACAGCCACAAAGCCGAUGGAAAUAAUUAGUUUUUCUGAUAUAAUGUCUGAAGAAUAUGCACACCGUGUUCAUAAUCGCGAAAAAAAGCGCCAUGAAGAACGCUUAUUGAAACAGGCACAUAGCCAAUCCAAAGGACUAGCAACAUUAAUAAACAAUAAUUUAGAUUCUAGUAUAUACUCUACAACUACAGGUGAUGAGACAACAGCGAAUAAAGAGUAUGAAGAAAGAGCUUGCUCAUCCAAUGUAGGAGUGAAAGACGAGUUAAAUACGUGGGAAGAUUAUUCUGCACUAUUAAAUAGUACAGGGGAAUGUGAUUCUGACGCCGCAAUCGCUGAGAUGCUUCAAUCUCAGUUAGAUCACGAGUAUAAUGAGCAUCUACGACGAAUUGAACAUCAACGCAACAAAGAUAGUAAAGUUACGGUAAUAUUGGAUAAAUUCCAUCGUAAUGGUGACAUGGAAUUUCUGAACGAUUCAGACAAUUAUUUUGAAGUUGAGGAGGAAGAAAGCCAGCAUAAACGUGAUUGGGACCGUUUUGAGACAAACGAAAAACUCUUGGACACAAUACCGAAAUGUGGAUUUAAGCUGGAUAAAGAGGGCGAAAUGAUAACAAAACAUGAUCCGCAAUUGUGUGGAGUUCGCAAUGCAUGCCGAGUGAUGUCAUUCCCUCCCGAGUUUCCUACUGGAGAUGGCGCGGGCUUCGAUAUGAAGCUUUCUAAUCAAGUUUUUAACCAAUUGAAAACAUACUCACGUCGAGGGAAUAAGAAAUGUAAAAUGAAUGAUCGGACGGCCAACGAGACUACAGCUGAAAUGGGGGUGGAUGCGCGUACUCGCCUGCUGCUUUAUAAGCUAAAAAAUUGCCAAAUUUUGGGCCAAAUAAAUGGCAUUAUAUCGACGGGAAAAGAAGCUAUAAUUUUACAUGCGAACUCAGAUCCUGCUUACGCAACAAAUGACAUUAAAUAUAGUGGAACAGUAUGUUCACCGCAAUUGUUGCCCAAAGAGUGUGCUAUUAAAAUAUUUAAAACUACACUAAAUGAGUUUAAGCAACGGGAUCGAUAUAUAAAAGAUGAUUAUAGAUUUAAAGAUCGCUUUAGCAAACAAAGUAAUCGUGUUAUUAUAAAUAUGUGGGCAGAAAAGGAAAUGCAUAAUAUAAUGCGCAUGCAAAGCGUCGGCAUAAAUUGCCCGGAUGUUGUCAUUUUAAAAAAACAUGUGUUAGUAAUGUCUUUCAUUGGCGAUAAUCACAAUGCGGCACCAAAACUUAAAGACGCGCGUCUAAGCCAUUCGGAAUUGAGUUUUGCCUAUGCAGAAGUUAUUGCAGCAAUGCACAAGCUAUAUAAUGAAGCAAAGUUGAUACAUGCUGAUUUGAGCGAGUACAACAUUCUAUGGCACGACGCCAAGUGUUGGAUCAUCGAUGUAGCACAGUCAGUAGAGCCAGAACAUCCAAGUGCACUAGAAUUUUUGAUGCGUGAUUGUACUAAUAUAAUAACUUUCUUCGAAAAACGUGGUUUGUCAGAUAUUUAUACGAAAGAACAACUUUUUGAAUACAUUACCUCUCUGAAUGCCGAGACACAUAAUGCAGCCAUGCUAGAACGCAUUCAUACGCGUGGUGCCUCAAUAGCCGAAGCCACAGCUCCGUAUCAAGAAGAGUAUCCAGAUGAACUGAAACCUCUUACGUAUCCUUUCGACUUGGCAUGGGAAAAAUCACAAUGUGUACGAGGGCAACGGAAGUCAAUAGAAUCAGCGGACCCUUUAUGUAUACCGAUCGUAGAUCAGGCUGCUUCUGCAAUGAAGGUUUUAAAUAUUAACGUACCUAGUAUAAAUCAUGAGAAUCAGUUAUAAGAGUAAGAUACUGUUCAUAUUGAUAACGAAUAUUAUUGCGCUUCUCUGAGCAAUUUGGCAUCCAUAAUGCUUUUAAUAUGAAUAAAGAAAUAUACUUAUAGACUUGUACGAGUAA